UUGAGCAUUCACGAUUUUAAAUUUACUUGUCUCGAAGUUCAUCCGAGCUUUUGCGGAAAGCUUUCAAACUUUGUUUUCGGCUCGCGAAAUGGAACCCGCCGUGUUUCCAGCUCGGCAAUCCCUGCAAUGCCAUUGGCAGACAAGAAUAUAUUUGCGCGCUAUAUUACAAAAAAUGCCAUAUUUGAAAAUGACAUGUUUCCGAAUAUGACAUGCAAGCUAAUUUCGUUUUUCCGGUUGUGCUGUUUAUAUUUAUUCCAUUCCCCAACCAAUAGUGUGACCGGGUCAAAGCUGAUGAGUGACAUUGGCUAUUUUUAUGCAGACGCGUUCAAGCUCGUUCGCCCCACAGCUGAUGGAAUCAAGGGCCUGAAUUGCGUUAAUACCCUUGACAGCAAUGCCAUUCUCCCCGAGGUUCUCGACGUACUUCUGAGGGUCAACGCGGGCUAUGACUUGGAGGGUAGUGAUGCGGGCAAGAUGGCCCAGCGUUUCAGCAUCAUCCCGCCGCUGUCGCUGCAAAAGGAGGUCUUUCCGUGGAUCAAGCCCCUGCUCAUGAACGCAUUCGGCCAAAAUGACAACAACGAGGAUGUGCGGUCGGCGACACGGUUCCUGCGCCUCCUAAAGGAACUUCGCGUCGUGCUGAUCCAGGACGUUGCCUUUAUGCUUGAGAUGCCCUCGAUGAGCAAGGCGGUGGAGGCCAACCCUUUGUUUUCGCACGUGCUGUUUGAUUCUGAUGAAUUCAAGGCAUACCGUGAGCAGCUGCGCGUCGCUCUGGCCAAGACUGACAUCAAGGCUGCCGACAAUCUGCUUGCCAGUGCCCUUCAGCACGCUGAGGAUUACAGGUCAAAGUACCCCAAUGGCUACGCCAAGAGGAUGGAGGCCACGGGGCCCUUGAUGCCACCUCCCAAGGUCCAGCCAGUGGUGCCGAAGCUGGAGGUCAAGACCAAGCCUGCUUUUACACUUUUACCCAGCGUUGCGUCUAUCGUGGAUAGUGCAGCGCAGAGCCGCGCGGCAUCGCCUCAGCAGCGGCCGCUUCCGAUUCUGCCCCGCCCCCUGUCGCCGCGGAGCAACUUCAACGAGCCCGUUGAGCGCAAACGCGCGCGGUCGCCGACAAGACUUGGUGAUGUCGAGCCCGAGUAUGCGUACGGGCCAGGCACCGACUCAGUUGGCAGCAUCCCCAAGCGAAGCCGCCGGGUGUACGAUGCGAUUACCAAUGGGACCAUGGGUCAGGUGUAUGGCGAUGUGCACAAUCGGAUUAGCCCUAGGUCAGCGACGCACAUCAACCCAGCGCAGCUCCCGGUGGAGGUCGCUACUGCCAUAGACGAGCUGCGCAUGGAGAACGAUGAUUUAAAAUCCCAGCUGCGCAGACUCGAGUAUACGUUUGGCCAGCACAGGACCGAGAUGCGCACAUGGAUGGGAAAGAUGGAGAGGGUCAUGCACAACAUCGUGAGCGCAUCCGACUGCUCGACAACGCCUCCAGUCGAUGUGUCGGCCCCCGGCUAUCGCUCAGCGACAGGCCAGCGGGCCCCAUCCGCCGUGCCAUUGCCAGCUGCCGCAGCUAUUUCGCGUGGUCCCACUCACCCGUCUCAGCUAUCGCAGACUGCCUCAUCGACAUACCUUAGCCGGCAGCAGCGCAUGUACUCUGAGGGCCGUUACCAGCAGCAGCAGCAGUCACCACAGCCGCCGCAGUCGCAGCCACCAAUGCGCGAGAGCUUUGCCAACCAGGAGCGUGGAAGUAUUCUCAGAGAAGAUUCUCCCAUCGGGCGCGUAGGAAUAGCGAAUUCUCGCCCUCCAAUUGACAUCCAUUCCCGUCCGCGCCAGCAAAUACCACCUAUUCCGACUCCAGCACGGCAGGCUCCAGGGCAACAGACGCAGGCGAUCCCAUCAGGAGGCUUGCACUCCCCCAGACGCCAGUCUGGCAAUUCCACUCAGUUUGUGAAUGCUACUGAGUAUAACGAAUAUCGCAGGCACGUCCAGAACUCGGCAGCCCAGCAGCAGGUCGCGAUGCAGCAACAGCAACAGCGUCAACACGAGCAGCAAAAGCUUCAGAUGAUGAGACAACAACAGCAGCAGGCCUCUGCCGCCGAUCGUGUCGAUCGCGGUGACCAGCAGUGGUACCAGAACUCGCACGAGCAGAUCUACUCGAGCAGACACACUUCGCCGCGCAUGCCGAACGGUUCUUCUCAGAACAAAUACCAAUGAGGCAAAUACUAUUCCGACUCUGUAUCUUGUUAAUUACAUUUUCAAUAUUUCAAUUUUCUCUCCAAAACCAAUUUUC